UUUUGAUUGACACUGUCAGUUACAUGGUAAUGUCAUGUCAUUAUUUCGCUUGUUUUUGUUAACUAUACACAAAACAAAAUAUUUAAUUAGAUACCUAUGUACUGUUGAACAAUAAUUUUUUUAGUGCUAUAUAAAUCUUGUAGAAGUCUAUACCAAAUAACCGAUGAAAACAAAAAGGCCCUGGAUUUAAAUUGACAUGUCGACAGAGACCAAAUUAAGAGUAAAUGCUGCACAGACCCAACUCCUUUGCACAUUCUUUGAAGAGAAUCCAGAAGUUAUCAAAGGAUAUAAAAAGACUCCCGAAUGUGUUGAUGUUGUGCAAACGAAAUGGAAGAAAAUAACACAACAACUUAAUACUCUGGGACCUUCAAGAGAUCACAGAGGUUGGGCUAAGUACUUGUGUGAUAUGAAAGCCAAGCUGAAGAGGAAGCAUAUAAAAUGGAAACAAAACAGCAAUGGUAAAGGGGCAGUCAUGUGCAAUGCUGACGAAUUUAAUGAGAUCAAACUGAGGAUGCUACAGGUGAUGAGGAAGUAUCCCACUGACACGCAUAAAUCUCAUGAUUCAAGCCUAUCUGACCUGGAAAUAGAAAAUGUAAAAGAACCAGAUAUAAGCAAUGAUGAUAUAGAUCCUAAGAAAUCUCCUAAUGUCUCCAAUGAUUCUAUAAAUGAAAGACUAGCAUCUCCUCCUUUAGGCUCUGAAUUUGUCAUUGAAUAUGAUAAUGAUGAUUUUGAUGCAUUUGGUAAACACAUUGCAGAACAGCUACGGACCAUGCCUCAUCCUGUUGCUUUAGAGACACAAGAAAUGCUAUUAUCUAUAUUAAGAAAACAAAAAUUAUUAAAUAGUAUUUGCAAUACUAUUGAUCCACUAGAGAAGCUUUGAAUAAAAUGUUAUAAAAAGCA